AUGCAGCGGCUGCAGUCGUGGCUCGAGGGUUUCCCGCUGGGCCGAGGCGUCCGCGAGCGACGCUCAAGAAAAGCGUCGCAUUCCGCCGCCCCGACCUGUCGUGCCCCGGACCCAAAUUCACAUCCUAGGCGCCAGCGCUCCUUCCUGGAGCCGAAAAAGCCGAGAAAAUACCUGGAGCCGGUGGAAUUACCCCAAGUGCCGGCCAUCUACGCAGACCCGUGGGACAAGCUGCCGCCAAGGGAUUUACCGAUGGGCGGCUCGCUCAGCCAGUCAUUUACCUCGUCUAGGUCCUCCAACAUCCGCACAAACCCGUGGAUCCAGCGUGACAAGGACCGAGCGUCAAUGCGUGUCAUGCGGAAACCGGACUAUGCCAUCAACCAUGACCAUAGCUUCUCGUCGAUGGAUCGCUCGCAUCUGCGGGUGAAAAGCUUCGAGGAGUCGGUGUGCUCGUCAGGCUACGGUAGUCAGGACAGCAGCCCCGAAUCCUCCGUCCACUCGCCGAACUGGCAAACUGCGAGGGCGGACAAGGCCAUAGAGUGCCGCUCAAUUGACGUGGAUGAAGCGCUGGGCUUCGUGGAGGAAUCAUCUUCAUUCUCCCCUUACGACAACCUGCGCUUCAAUGACUCGACGGAGCACAUCUACCACGAGCUGGAGUCGCUCACCCGCAUCUCUCGAGUCCUGGAUGACCGUGACCGCGCGUACGCUUCGGACUCCGAGUGCCCCUCUUGCUCCUCGCCCACUUCGUUCUCCCGCCGCAAGUCCCCCAUCUAUGCCAAGCCGUAUGAGGGGCCAAUGGCCCGACCAUACGUCGAGGAGCUGUAUGACAACAGUUACCGCUCAAAAAGCUCGUCUCGCGCCGCUGAAAUUCGCCACCAACCGGAGCCGAUCUAUGCGUCGGUCAAGCCAACCUAUUCCAUGGGCAUCAUGCCACGGCCGCUACCACCGCUGCUCCGCCCUGAACCGAUCCGCGCGACUCGCCCCGCGCCCACCUUCUGCGCCCCGCCACCACCACCCCUAAAUCUGGACGACGAGCUGGAGAGGGCCGAGAUGGACUUCCUUGCCGAACUUGAUGCUCAGAUUGCCGAGCUGCAGAUGAAAUCAGAAGCCGUACGGAAUCUCGUGGAGGAAGCCCGCGGGCGCCGUGCCAGAAAUGAGCAACCAUCCGGAGACACAUGGUGUCGCCCGCCCCGAUGGCAGAACCCCAGAUUCGAGCUCAGAUUG